AUGCCAAACGAUGAUGAUGAUGAUGAUGAUGAUCUUGAUCUAUUCUUUACACCUCAAUAUUUUAAGAAUAAUAUACAAAAAUUAUUAAUUGAUGAUAUCGUAGUUUUAAAAGUGCGAUGUGAUAGCUGUAAUCGCUCUCGCCGUAAGUCAUUUCAUGGUGGUAUUGUGAUUACUCAAUCAAUUUCUCCGGCAAUUUCUCAAUAUGUUGAAAAUGUUGCUGCAACAUCAAAUUCUCCGGCGAAUUCAAAUGAAGCGCAGAUGAUUUUGAAGAAAAAACGAAAAAUUGAGCAGGAGAAUAUGAGCACAUUGUUUAAACAGAACAGGAUAUUGGAAGAACAAAGAACAACAUGGGUAUCUUUAAGUUAUGAUCAUCACUGUACAAACUUGAUAUUCGGACAUCACAAACCAAUAUUACAGAAAUUUAAUUGGUUGUGCCUGAUUUUCGUGUGUUUAACAGAAUGUUUUAAUGUUGCAAAUGGCAUGUUAGGAAAAUCACAAUUUUGUGAAGUAGAAACUGGUCAAACGAAUAUCAUUGUUGAUAUCGAGGAGAGUCGAGACGACUAUAUUGGCCAAGAAACAACACCACGAGAUUUACCAAUAUAUGGUGAUCCAGAAACAGAAAUUUUAUUAGAAUUAAUAUUUCCAAAAGGUAAUCCGAGUUUUAUGUUAAAUGGAAAACAAUUAAAAUUAUUAAAACCAUUGGAUCGUGAUGAAGAAAAUUUAAGUCAUAUUGUAUUUCAGGUGUCAUGUACCAUUAGAUCAUCGAAAAAGAAACGUAAUAUACCAAUAAUAGUUCGAGUAUCUGACAUAAAUGAUAAUGCACCACAAUUCGUUAAUACACCAUAUGAAGUCACUGUGCCAGAGUCAACACCAAUUGGUACAACAAUAUUUCGUAAAAUUCAAGCAUUAGAUAAAGAUGCUGGCGUUAACGGUUUAGUUGAAUAUUUUAUUAUGCCAUCGACUGGCAACAUAACACAAAAUGAUAAAUUAAAUGUUGCUGAUGGAUAUGGAACAUUUGAAAUUUCUUUUCCACAUCAAGGACAGGUUACUUUAGCUAAAAAUUUAGAUUAUGAACGAAUACAACAAUAUCAGUUAAUUGUUGUUGCUUCGGAUCGAGCACGGAAUGUAACAGCACGUUUAUCUUCAACAACAACAUUACUAGUAAAUAUAGCUGAUUCUGAUGAUUUAGAUCCGUCUUUCAUUUACCGAGGAUGUGUUCUAUUAGAUGGCGCAUGCAUAAAUCCCGAAUAUACAGCAUCAGUUCCAGCUGGUUCAUUACAAGGUGUACUUAGCGUAUUACCUGAACGAAUUCAAGCAGUUGAUUUAGAUACUUUAAGUUCAUCAAUAAGAUAUUCUUUUUUAAGUGGAAUGCCAGGAAAUUAUGAAAAUUAUUUUGAAAUUGAUGAACAAACUGGAAUUCUAAAACAAAUUAAAUCUGUUGAUACUUCAACUGCAAGACAUUACGAUAUAGUGGUAAAGGCAGAAGAAGUAUCACCAGCUAAAAGAUUUACAACAGCAAAAUUAACAAUUCAAGUAAAACCAGUUGAUGCUAAUCCACCUGUUACAACAGUAUCCGAAAAUGAAGGAUAUGUAGAUGAAAAUUCUCCGAUUGGUACACAAAUUUUAGGGGCAAGUGGUAUGCCAAUUUUAUUUAAAACAACGGACGCAGAUUUAAGUAAUGAUGAUCCUAAACCAAAAUAUAUAUAUGAAUUGACAACGCCCUCAUUCGCUGUAAAUAAAGAAAAUAUUUUGGUCGUCAACGAAGAAAAUUUGGAUAGAGAUCCUCCAAAUCAAGGGAAAUUCACUUUCCAAGUUGUUGCAAGGGAACCAGAAACAAAUGCUGCAGGCGCACCUUUAAGUAUUACUGUAUACCUUAGGGAUGUUAAUGACAACGCACCUAAAUUGCCAAUGAUACCGCCAAUAACAAUAACUGCAGGCGAUGGAAGGAGACUUGUAACGCAAGUUAAAGCAACAGACAAUGAUGAAGCUGAAAAUGCUGUUAUAUCAUACUCAAUUUAUCAUGUAUCAAAUAAUGGUGGUAAAAAAUUCUCUAUCAACGAAAAUACAGGUGAAAUUGAAUCAAAUGCUAAACUAUUAGCUGGUGAGCAAUACAGUUUGACGGUACAAGCAACAGAUAUUGGAGGCCUAUAUUCGCAAGCAAUUGUUGAUAUUGUAGUAAUUCCCGGACCUAACACAAAACCUCCUAGAUUUGCUAAAAACGUCUAUGACGUGCAAGUUAGUGAAGGCGCUGAAAUUAAUUCGACUGUGAUUGUUAUCAAAGCCGAUGACCCUGAAAAUGAUCCUGUUAUGUAUGCUAUAACUUCUGGAAAUGAUUUACGGCAAUUUUCAGUUGGUCAAGAUACUGGUGUAAUAACUGUUAUACGAAAAUUGGAUAGAGAAAGUCUAACAAGGUAUCAAUUAACUAUUCGAGCCGAAGAUAAUGGAGGGCUUUCUAGUACAGCCACUGUUAAUAUUAAAGUAGCAGAUAUUAAUGACAAGAAUCCUGAGUUUGACGAAGCUUCUUUACCAUAUUUAUUCCACGUCGAUGAAGGUAAUGCAAACACUGUUGUAGGUGUUGUACAUGCAACUGAUGAAGAUGAAGGUAUUAAUGCUAAAAUAACAUAUUCCAUACCAGCUGAAAUCCCUUUUACGAUAAAUCCAGAUUCCGGAGAAAUACGAACAACCAAGAAACUUGAUUACGAAACACAAAAUGAAUAUAAAUUUGUUGUCACGGCAAAAGAUGGAGCGCCUGAUGCUCGUCUUGGUACAGCAAGUGUAACCGUAUCAGUAAAUGAUUUACCGGACGAAUUACCCAAAUUUACAGAUUCGAGAAUUGAUGUACAUAUUCCUGAAAACGUGCCCGAUUAUGUUGUUACAACAGUUAAAGCCGUUGAUCCUGACACUGUUAAACAAGUGACAUAUGUGAUAAGAAAAGGGUCUACAGAAUUAUUUAAAGUCGAUGCGAAGAGUGGAAGUGUCAAAACUACUCAAGGCCUUGAUUAUGAAAAAGAUAAACAACACGAAUUAAUUGUUGGAACUAUCGAAAAUGAUGGAGAAGGUGCAGGAGAUUUUGUUCGAAUCAUUGUCAAUGUAGAUGAUCGAAAUGACAUACCUCCUGUAUUUGUGUCAGUACCGGAACCAGUCACAAUAAGCGACGAUCAACCAAUUGGAGCUGUAAUAGCAAAAAUGCCAGCAAUUGACGGAGAUGGCUCUUCUCCUGGCAAUGUGGUACGUUAUGAAAUGGUUGGACGCGGAAAAGCUUUAAAAUACUUUCAAGUAGACGCCGACACAGGCUCAAUAAGGGUAAGAGAUGAAUUGAGAAAAGAAGAUGAUACAGAAUAUCAAAUUGAUAUUAGAGCCUAUGAUAUGGGCGAACCUCAAUUAAGUUCUGUUGCCACAUUACCAGUUUUCGUUCGACAUAUGAUUAUAGAUCCGAAUGACGAUGAAAGAAUGCAAGCAAAAAUGGAUGGUGGGGUUAUAAUGAAUCCAGAAACUUUGGGACUAGCCUUCAGUGAUGAUAGCUAUACAACAGGUGUUCCAGAAACAACCGGCUUAAAUGCUACAAUCAAACUAAUUCAAAUAAUUAAUUCAAAGAAAACUACUAGAAAUGGAGCCGGCUUUAAAUGUGAAUUUAUUGGUGGUAACGAGAAUAAUAUAUUUUCUUUAACUGCCGAAGAUCAUGCUUGUGGAGUAAUUUUGAACAAAAAUUUAGACUAUGAAACUCAAACUCAUCAUGAUUUAGAAAUAAAGCUUAUUUCCGGGAAAUAUUUUGUGAAUCCUCAAAAGAGUGUCACUAAGGUUAAAGUUAUUGUGCAAGACGAGAACGAUAACGCACCAGAAUUUGUAUUUGCAAGACAGCACAAACAUAAAAACACUUUUUAUGCUAUAGUAAAUCCAGAUGUAGAUAUUGAUACAUCCAUUCUACAAGUUAAAGCUAUAGACAAAGAUUCUGGAAAAUUUGGUAUGAUCAAGUACAAAAUUUAUGAUGAGGAUGAAAAUAGCAUUGAAAACGAAAUAUUGCCAACAAAAUAUUUUGCAAUGACAGAAGAUACCGGUAUCUUAAGAACACAACGUAGUCUUCAUGACAUAAAAAGUUUUCCAAUGAAAUUUAAUGUUGAGGCUCGCGACAACAAUGGCAUAGAAGAAGGCUCACAUGUGGCAAGAGCACGAAUCGUAGUCAAUUUAAUCACCGAUUUAAACAGAAUGUCUUUAGUAUUCUCCGAUUCAUCACCGAAUGAAAUUCGUUCUCAUCAUAUUGAAUUGGAAGAAUUAAUUGAAGAAAAAACUAAUGGAUUAAUCGCUGGCAUUGAAAAGUUUAGUAAUCGCAAAUUUUUAAAUGAAAAUGCAACUGUUGUUGAAAAUCCAUCCGCAACUGAUGUUUGGUUUUAUGCAAUUCACCCAGAUAACGAAAUGAUUUUAACACGAAACGACACUGAAGUUAGUUCGAAUUUAUUAGAACCAGCUGCUCAGUCUGAAAUAAAUUUUGCUGCAUCUGGUAUAGCAAGAGCUACUGCUCAAGGUAUAUUUUCUCCACUUGAACCAAAGCACCAUGUACAGAAAGUUACAACAGCAAUUCUUAUUAGUGACGACGUUUUUCCUUACGCUUUGAUUGGAUUAUCUAUUGUCAUUCUUGUUCUUGGAACUAUUGGAAUAAUUUAUAUUUGUAUAUCAUGGGCUAAGUACAAAAAUUUUAAACAACGAAUGCGUCAAUAUUCUGCUCCAUCAAGUCCAACACGAUAUGAUCCAGUUAUACUUGGAUCACAAAAUGGUGAUACUAUAACAAAUUUAAAAGAAUAUGAAACACAAGUAUUAAAUAUGGCAGUACCACCAGAUGGUGAUGAUGAAAUGCAAUUAGAUUUUGGUACAAAAAAUCAUGCAUUCAGUUUAGAUAAUGUUAGUUAUAUAACACAUAAAGAUAAUAAUGGACAAUCGAGUCCAGCUAAUUCUGAAGCAACAACUGCAACAACAGCAACAUUAAGACGCAAUAAUAAUAAUAUGAAUAUUAAUAAUAAUUUAAGUAAUAAUCGCCAAAAUACAUUUAAUCGUACAUUAGAAAUGAAUCGAAAUAAUGCAAAUCCUCUUGCAUCGGGUAAUGGAGCAAAUUUACCAGGAACAUUAACAUUAGGAAGAAUUAAACAAAACUCAAAUAAUAUUUAUCAAAAUGGCGGCUAUAAAAUGGAUACACUAAGUCGUAAUAAUAUGCAAAAUUUACAAAAUAAUAAAGAUAAUGCUUAUAGUACAUUGACACGUGGUGGCAAUAAUAAUGGUAGAAAUAAUAAUUCAACAUUUCAUCAAAAUGAAUUGAUGACAAAUACAUUAGAUAGAAAUAAUUAUAAUAAUCGGUAUAAAGAUGCUCCAAUUACAAAUCCAUUAUUUCAGAGGAUAAAUGACGCAAAUCAUAUAAGUGCAACAAAUGAAAAUGUAAGCUUUGGAAAACGUGAUUAUGCCCAAUUAGGAUUUUCAUAUUUAAAUGAUUUAGAUCGAUCUGAAGUCGAAACAACAACUGAGCUUUAGAUAUUUUUUUUUUGCUCUUUGUUUUUUUAUUUUAAUUUUUACAUUUAUUUUUUUUUUUUAAUAUUUAGUUCUUUUAUCUUCAUUUUAAGUUUGUUCAUUGAUAUUGUAAUUAUUUUUUAUUUUUAUUUCAAUUUUUUUUUUUGAAUUUAAUUUUAAAAUUGUUAAUAAAUUUAUUUAGAAAAUUUUAAUUACUAUUUUUAUAUAAUUAUUUAUAGUUUUUAUAUGUAAUUAGAAAAAAAAAAAUUAGCCAUAAAAAACAAUUAUUUUUAUGUGAGUAUGUAAGUGUAAAUUUGUUUUUAAUUGUAAUACAAUAUGUGUAUGUAUUAUGCAAUUAGGAAUAUUAUUAGAAAAUCUUUUUUAUAUAAAUUCUUAAAACCAUAUUAUUUUUUAUUGGAAGUGCAAAUUGAGUAAAAUUUGAAUAAACUUAGUUAAUAAUGUUUAAUUAUUUUUUGAUUAUUAAAAUUGAAUAAUAUUUCUUACGGUUGUAAUUCUUUUUCAAAUUAAAUUGCUUUAAUUUCAAAAAUCAUUACAAAAAAGUUCAAGAAUAUAUUAGAAUUUGAACAAUUCAUAAAUUAAUACUGAUCAAGUUCCAUAUAGCACCAACCUUUUGCAAAAUUUUACUGGUCCCGAGAUCGAAUUAAUGUUGAGCCAUACGUACUAAUAAACAAUACUUUUUUAAGAAAUUAAAACGCAAAAGUAAAAGUAUGGUUGGUGCAAUAUGGCUCAAUAUUUUCUUAUUAUUAAACCCAUUUACUAUUUCCAAUAUAAUCAAAUUAAUUCUAAUAUUAUUCAUAAUAUUAAUUAAAAAAUUAUAUAGGAUUUCGUUUUUAUUAUUAAAAAUUCACAAAAAUAUUGGAUUAUUUACGUCAUCGUACUAAUUUCUUAUUAAACUUUUUACCAAUUAAUUAAAUUUCGAUUAUUUAAAGUUCGAGUAGUUCGAGCGUCAUCAAAUUUUACUUUUUUGCACAUUAAAUAAAUUAAAAAAUCCCUUAUAUUAGAAAUUAAAACAAAAAAUUAAACUUAAAAUUGCUGCCAUUUUAUUAUUUUGCAUUUUUAUAUAAAACAAACUCUUAUUUAAUUUAUAUUUUUAUAUUAUUAAAAAUGCUACCAUUUCUUUAAAAAAAUUAAAUUAAAAAUUUAAUAACAAAAAAUACUUUAUCCAAAAAAUAUCUAAAAAUAUUAUACAAUAUAUUCAAAUUAAUAAAAUUUCACAAAAGAUUAAUUAAUUAAAAUAUAAUAGAAAAAAAUAAUAGAAAAAUACGCCAUUUAUUAUAUAUAAGAAUAAUAAAAAUAAAUUUUCAUGUGAUUAAAAUAUUCUUUUGAGCAUGCCAUCAUUACGAAUCACAAGGCGUAGUAUAAUAGUUUUUAAUAUAAAUAUAGUAAUAAAAUUAUAGUUUAUAAUAAAUUAUAUAUUAUGUAGAUAUAUUCAGAGUGUAUGUUUUGAUUAAAUAUAUUAUUAAUAAAAAUGUAUAUUAAAAAUAAGAAUGUUGAAUAAAAGUUUGAAAAAAAAUAAUUGAAUUAUGUAUAUAUAUGAGUAUUCUCUCAAAUUGUUUACUAUUUCUGUAAUAUUAAAUUUAUAAUU